GAAGGGGAUACGGUGAUGCACUUGAAGGUGUUGGAGGUGCGCAAAGAUCCUGCGCCAGUGAAUGAUCACGAUGUGCCGGUGCUGGUGGCUUCUGUGGGAUUGCCACGCCCGGGAAGGGUGCGGCGCCAACGGCAGACGCCGCCGGAAGGCACCCAACAACAGAACCAGGAGCAUCUCGAUGUCGAAGACGAAGAACCUUUUGAAGUUGAUUUGAACGCCGAUUGGGAUCUUACUACCAGACAGCUAUUACCCUACAUUAAUGGUUACAACCACAUCUCAAAAAUAGCGGCCGACACAAAUGUUGAAAAAACGCUUGUUAAAUCGUGUAUACAGAAUUUAGUCUAUUACGGAGUGGUCACUCUUAUACCAGUGCUUAAAUUCAGCAACAUGUAUCGCGCUACACCGAAUCUCAGUAGACUGUUCAGUGACAACGAAUUACAAAAGUCCUGUCUCACUUUCAUCACCAAGGGAUCUGACGCCAAAGACAAGCCAACACUCUCGGACGUCCUGGAAAUCUUGUGCUCGUUACAGCAAGGCACUACGUUGCGCGAUGUAUGCGAGAGAUAUUCCAACUUCUCCGUUCCCACCUUCGAUAUUCGGCGACUAAUUGUCUUCGCACAGCUACACGGCCUCAUUAAAUGUCUUAAAAGGUACCCAGUCUACAUCAGGCACCCCCCUCGUCCGAAUGGCUUUUCAAAUCGCGUAGACUCCAUGCUAGGUAUUCGAAGGCUAUUCACAGGGAAAAAUUGCACCGACGAGAUCUGCUGUAUGGCUCGCAUUGAUUUACCCACCUUGGAUCAGAUCAUAGAGGAUGAUCCUAAUGUGUCAGUCAUAUGGAGGUAGAAUAGAGCAACCCUGCUCCGUAAUAUUGGAGCUAAAUAUCAUUGAACAAUCCUAUACUUGCAUUUUAGAAUUAAGUCUCUUGUGUAUAUCGUUGAAGGUUGGCUGGUGUGAUUCAAAAUGUGAAACUCAACAAAUGUUCUGAAAUAUUAACACCCCACUUACUUCCCAAUUAUUUUUUAUUACGCACAAUCAAAGACAAAAUUUCUCAUUGAGCGAAAAAAUUGUUCACUACUCGUUGUCGUCACACUAAAAUAUCCACAUAGUGAAAUUCGUGUUAGGGCUCUUAUGGAAAUUCGCUAUGUUGUUAUUCUGUGAUGACCACAACGCGUUGUAAACUGUUUUUCGCACAAUGACCUCGAUUUGAUCGAAUGAUUUCGAUUUUUGAGCGUAAUAUAUAUAAAAUGUAAGAACAAAUAGAUUUGCGUUAUAGUUUCUCAAUAUUUUACUUAAUUGAUUUUAAAUAUAUUCAGUUUUUUUUUAAUAAAUAUUCUGGAUAAAAAUAUGACAUUUUAUAGUACAAUACCAUUUUAUAGAAUUAAUCAUUGCAAGCUAUUUAACUUUUGUAUCAAUGUAACAGGUAGAUGUCUUUUAAACUUAUAUUGUAUAUACGUGUAUUCACUUUUUAAUACAAAUUUUAUCUAUCGGUCUCUAAUGCGUAACAAAGCCGAACAAAAACGUCACGAUACAGCCAAACCUCUAAUUCGUGAUGGGUUAUGUAUGCAUGAUAUGAUUAAUGUUUAUAUGUGAUAUUUAUUACUAGCAUAAGUUGUAGGCGGGCUUACAUUUUGAUCCCAAUAAAAUAGAGAUCUACAGUAAGAUAAAACUAAUGUGCCCCAUCAAUGUAACUACUCAGAAAAGUUUAUUUAAAAAUUUGGCCAUAAAUGAAUAAGUGUGCUAUUAGGCAAUCUCAACGCCUGACUAAGGCCGAGUAUGAACGAUGAAUACCCUAUUUUACGUUAUACGUUUUAAUUAGCAGGUCUGAUUUGCGUCAACGAAGAGUCACCAUGCGCCUUAGUUGGAUCUUACUGUAACAAAAUGCAUUGAAGAAGGUAGUUGAAUCUUAAACCAUAAUUGUUCUCUUAACUAAAGAUCAUUUUAUGUAUCAUUAUCUUUUUUAAUGUGUUUUUGAAAGGUUUUUUCUUGUUUUUUUGUGAAAUUAUCGUUGUUUAUUAAACAUUAUUUCAGAAUGUAUGCCCGGUUGAUCCCCAGUGCUGGUCUCGUCUCAUAUUUUCUCAGUGGUCACUUGGUUCCCGUUACGUUUUAGUGUUAGUUUAAUUUGGAAAAAUAUUUUUUUUUUUUAAUAAUUUAACCACCAGUCUACCAGUUUUUAUAAGAAAAUGUAACUGUGUGCAAUAAGUAAAACUUUAUUUCAGUUCACGCCCAAUAACUUAUAAGUAUUUAAUGCUAUAAAAUAUAUAUUAGAGAGAGAUAUAUUAUACAGGGCGAUAAUAAUGAAAGCCAAACUACCCCAAAUGUUAACAUAAUACUACAUAUAAUCGAAUCAUUCGCUUUUAAAAUAUAUUCAUCGUAGACAGCUGUAUAUAUGCUUGAUACAUUUUAAGUGUGUUUCAUCGAGCUUUCCAUUUGCAUAAUUGGCUACUUGAAAGUUUUAUAAAAUACGUUUUAAAACAUGCUAAAUAAAUAAUAGGCUGGGGAAAAAGUCUUCGCAUUUAGUAUGCAUAAAAUUGUAAUAUUUUUUUUCUGGCUAUACCAUUUGUAUCUGGCUAAUUUAGGUAUCAUUAAAAAGUUUAAAUAUGUUAAGAAGAUAACUCUGGAUUUAAAUUAGAGAAACGUGUGAUUCCAAUUUGAUGCUGUCAAAAUGAGUGAAUCUAAUUAAGAAAUUCGAUACAUUUUAAAAUUUUAUUACAAAGAAGUUAAUAAUACAACGCUAGCCGCGAAAAAAUCUGUGAUAUUUAUGAACCUAGUGCUGUUUCUGUCAGAGUAGCACAAAUUUGGCUUGAGCGUUUUCAGUCCGGAAAUUUUGAUGUCAACAUGCAAGUCGCUCCGGUCGACCUGUUACGGAUAAAAUGGAUGCCAUUUUUGAAAAAGUGUAGCAAGAUCGGCAUGUCAGUAGUUACGAUGUAUCUGAAGAACUGGGAAUUGACCGCAAAACAGUUUUGGUGCAUUCGAAAAGAGCUGGCUACACAAAGAAGUUGGAUAUUUGGGUAUCUCACUACCUUACUGAAAGAAACCUUGUACUCAUUUGUGAUUAUUAAUUAAGGCGUAAUGAAACCAAACCAUUCUUGAAAAAGUUAAUAACUGGUGAUGUAAAGUGAAUCACGUACGACAAGAACGUGGAAAAAGGUCGUGGUCAAAGGUCUGUCAAGCAUCACAGACAGGCGAACCUAAAUUAACUCGCAACAAGGUGAUGCUGUGUGUAUGGUGGGAUUGAAGGGCCUUAUUUAUUAUGAAUUGUUACCGCCAGGCAGGACCAUCAAUUCUGAAAUCUACUGUGAACAACUGAUGAGAUUAAAGUAAGCAGUUAAGAGAAAGCGGCCAGAAUAAAUCAAUUUGGGGUGUGGUUUUUCAGCAUGAUAACGCUAUACUUCACACAUCUUUUGCCACUUAGCGAAAAUUAAGAGAGUUGCAAGAGGUGUUAAUGCAUCCGCCGUAUAGUCAUGACCUCGCAUCUUCAGAUUUCCCACUGUUUCGGUCUCUUCAGAAUUCUUUAAGCAGUCUCAGGCUAAAUCACGCGAGGGCAUUUAAAACUAUUUGUGCCGGUUUCUUGAUCAGAAGACCCAACAUUUCUACAGCAAUAAAAUUAUGUCCCCACCAACAAAAAGUUAUCGAACAAAAUGGUACCUAAAUACUUUAGUUAAAUAUAAGUAAACUUUAUUUAAAAAUGUUUUGAAUUUUCAUAUGAAAAGCGAAGAUACUUUUUCCGCAACCCGAUAUGUUGUUAUAAAUAAACCAUGAUUAAUUUUCAUCCAAAAGGACAAUGUAUGGGGAAGAAGCCGACGCCUGGCGCCCACAAAAUGUUAAUCACAUUAUAGGUAUAAAUUAGUAAGUGAAUACUGCAUAUGGGGCAUCAUCAAGAGCGAUGGCUAAAUGUGUGAUAUAGCUUUUCAAAUUUUGACUGAGAUCAGUAUACAUGUAAUAAUAAAAGAAGAAUUAUAAAGAACUUGCGAUUUUUUGUAGCCACUAAAAAUAUACGUGAAUUGGGGUGGGGGAGUAGAGAUGGGGGAGUUAGUCUUAAUUCUCACC